GUUGCACCUCCUCCAGUUUUCAGGCGUCUCUCUCCUUCCGGCCGCUGGAGACGCUCGGGAGUCGGCUUCGGGGCCUCUCACCGAGUGGCUCCUCCGCAAACAGCCGCGACUUUUCGUUCGGCUGGGUUGGCUCGGCUCAGCCGCGCGGGUGCCCCGCGCUGCGUACUUUUCUCCAGUCCUUGGAUAACCGCCACCGCGGGCUUGGAACUCGCCGAGAGUUCUUCCUUCACUGUCCCUCUCUUUUUAGUUCGGCUGAAGCUCGAGGAACUCACCAUUUGGCUGAAAUUGAGACAGGAUUUCCCAAACUUCCUUCGGAAAAAAAAACCACACCUAACGGCAGAGGAGAGUGAAUUCAUAGCUGUACGGAUACUGAAAGAAGAUUAUUUGAAGACUGCUUUUGGAAUCAAAAAGCAUGGAUCCCAGCAGUGACUACCAUUUCCUCAAUCAGAUUUUGUGGAGAAGGGUGAAACUCACAUUGGUUUGUGGUGUCUUUGAGGGAGUGCUCCAGCAUGUGGACCCUAACAGGAUUGUUGUCCUGAAGAAAGUGAAGAAUGUGGAGACUGGUAGAAGUGUCCCAGGAGUGAAGAUGUUUUUCGGGCAUGAGAUUGUGAAUGUGGAGCUACUGGAUGAAGUGGAACAAGGUGCAGUGAGAGAAUCAGCAUCUUCUGUUAGUCUAAAUACAGAAAGAACCAGGGUGGAUAAAAUGAAAAAUGAAGACCUACAUGUAUGUGAGCCUCCUUCUCCUGCCCCUGAAGCACCAGCCACCUCUCUGCUGAAUGACCUCAAGUACAGCCCAUCAGAGGAAGAGGAGGUGACAUACACAGUCAUUGAUCAGUUCCAGCAGAAGUUUGGUGCUGCUAUGCUCCACAUCAAGAAACAGAGUGUCCUGAGUGUGGCAGCAGAAGGAGCUAAUGUGUGUCGUCAUGGGAAACUAUGUUGGCUUCAGGUGGCCACAAAUAGUCGAGUUUAUUUAUUUGAUAUUUUCCUUCUGGGAAGUCGUGCUUUCAACAAUGGACUUCAGAUGGUAUUAGAAGACAAAAGAAUUUUGAAGGUUAUCCAUGAUUGUCGUUGGCUUUCUGAUUGUCUCUCUCAUCAGUAUGGAAUUUUGCUGAACAAUAUCUUCGACACACAGGUGGCAGAUGUCCUUCAAUUUUCCAUGGAAACAGGUGGAUUUCUUCCAAACUGCGUCAGCACUUUACAGGAAAGUUUAAUAAGACACCUUAAAGUAGCCCCUAAAUAUCUCUCCUUUCUGGAAGAGAGACAACAGCUGAUUCAUGAAAAUCCAGAAGUGUGGUUCACACGACCUCUUUCACCCUCCUUACUAAAAAUUUUGGCCCUGGAAGCCACCUACCUGCUACCCCUUCGCCUGGUCCUCCUGGAUGAGAUGAUGUCUGACCUAACCACCCUGGUGGACGGGUACCUCAACGCCUACCGAGAAGGGUCUGCAGACCGGCUGGGAGGCAUAGAGCCUUCAUGCAUGGAGCUUCCAGGGGAACUGCUUCAACUCAAGGACUUCCAGAAGCAGCGCAGAGAGAGAGCUGUAAAAGAAUACAGGAUGAAUGCAAAGGGACUCCUACUAAGGACAGAGUUACGUUCAAAGAAAUCAGUGACAGAGACAGCAGGGAAAGAGGGAAAAGUAAGAGGUUUCUUCCUUUGUGAAAAAUCUAGGCUAAGUAAAGCUCCGAGUUGUACAUCUCAUGGGGAUGUAAAUUUUCUGAAAGAACAAGCUAAGAGUAAACAAACUACAAAUCCUCCACAGUUACCUCCCAUAAUGGAAGGAGCCAAUUCGGAUUCCAGUAAUAAAGUCAUUUGCCCUGAGUCUGAAGGGUCGGAGGACCCGAAAAUAAAUAAAAAAGGACACCUUCAGAUACCCAAAAAGGAGUUUCAGACAAGUUUGUCUUUGAAAGAGGAGAUAGAAAAGUUACUGAUGGUGGAAAACAAGGAAGAUUUAAAAUGCACCCAACAAGAUGUUUCAGUGUCUCCUUCCCUUUCUCAGGAAACCAGAGUGUCUCCGAGUGACAACUUUCAUCCUUUUAGAAAGUCUGUGCUUUCUACACUUCCUCCCUGUCCAGCCUUAGAGAAGAUUCCUGGAUAAAUCCGUGUUCAUUUCUACCUUAGAGAUUGGCAAUUUGUUGUUGAGGCCACAGAGGUGGUUCAUUUCCCCUGCCAUCAGGGCCUCAGUGCUUAACUUCUCAUGUUGUAAAUUUAUGCCUCAGUCAUGAGCUUCGGGGAAAAUUGCAUCCUCUUGCUUAAAUUCCUGGAAUUUGAUUAAGAUGGGAAUGAAUAAGUUAAAUAAUAGACGAAGUAAAUUUUCUGAUUAGGUCACUGGGUAGAAAUGUUCCUAGUGGCCAGAGUGAAUUAUUUCUCAUAAUUUGGAUUUAAAGGAUUUAAAGAAGGGAAAAACUUUGGUCUCAGUAUCUGAAAGAAUCUAUACUUUUAAAAGUUGGUUGUGUUUUGGUUUGAAGGGGUUUGGUAAAACUCUUAGUCAUAAGUUUAAAAAUAAUCGGUACCUGACAACUUUAUUAAUACUCUUUUGCUUUUUAAAAUAUUAACUUUAGUUUGUCAGUUAUACUUCAAUAAAGCUGAAAAAUAUUAACUUUGUUGUUGAAUGUUUUGUCUGAUGUCAUAGACAAACAGUAGUUAAUGUUACUAUACGAAUCAGUCUCCCGGUUUUAAUUUUUUUAGUCCAUUUACUUUUAGAAGA